AGACCGUCUGAGGCGUGCGUGUAUUCGAGGAAGGCCUGGUGGGAAGUGGACCUCAUGCAGAUUAAUGCUAGGUCAUUCUGUGCUGUCUGCAUUCUGCCACUCAAAUGCCUGUCUGCCUGUGGAGGAGGUGUAACUAAGGAUUCACACGUUUCAUCAGCUGGCCUGGGCUUCCUGCUGCAGCAGCCACCGCCGCCGCCAUCAUGUUCUGGAAGUUUGACCUGAACAACACCUCCCAUAUCGACCAGCUGCUGGAUCGAGAGGGAGUGACUCUGAGAGAGUUGAUGGAAGAGGAGGAUGUCCUGCAGGAGUGCAAAGCACAGAACCGCAAGCUCCUGCUCUUCCUCUCCAAGGAUCACUGUAUGCUGGAGCUGGUCACCCUUAUUACGGAGGAGCCCCCUUCUGACCUGGAGGAGAAAACUCGCUUCAAGUGUCCAAACAUAGCCUGUGAGCUCCUGACCUCUGAUGUGGCUCUUAUCAAUGAUAAGCUGGGUGGAGAUGAAUCCCUUUUGGAGAAGCUCUACCACUUUCUGGAGCAAGAGCCGCCCCUUAAUCCCCUGCUGGCGUCCUUCUUCAGCAAAACCAUCGGCAACUUGAUUGCACGUAAAACAGACCAGGUAAUCUCUUUCCUAAGGAAAAAACACAACUUUAUCAGUCUGGUGCUGAAUCACAUUGAUGCCUCGGCCAUGAUGGACCUUUUGCUGCGCCUCAUCAGCUGUGUAGAGCCUGCCCCCUUGAGGAUGGAGGUCCUCAAUUGGCUGAAUGAGGAGAGACUCAUCCAGAGACUCACAGAGCUCAUGCACACAGGGAGAGAUGAAGAGAGACAAUCUAAUGCAUCCCAGACUCUUUGUGACAUCAUUCGACUUAGUCGAGACCAGGCCAAUCAGCUGUCAGAGGUCACCGAACCAGACCCCUUACUCGCUGUCCUGGAGUCACAAGAGAAUGUGGCGGAGCUUUUGAAGAACAUGUUUGAAGGGGAAAUGACUGAAGCGUCUGUCGUCAAUGGAACGCAAGUGCUUCUUACAUUACUGGAGUCACGAAGGUCAGGGCUGGAGGGUCUGAUGGACCUGUAUUCUCAGGGAUGUGAAAGGUCUUACACUGUCAACAGCAGUAUUUUACGUGCUAUUGAGCCUCAUCUAAAGGACUUCCAGCAGCUCCUACUGAACCCUCCUAUGAGAAGUGCAAUACUCACUACAGUGGGCGUUCUGGAGCAGCCCCUGGGGAGUGCCCGCCUUCAUGUGGCCAGACUGGUGGCUUCUCUGCUGCAGACUUGCGACCUCAGCAUCUGCCAAGAGAUCUGCAGACUCAACACCAUGGACCUGCUGUUGGAUUUAUUCUUUAAAUACACCUGGAAUAAUUUCUUGCACUUGCAAGUGGAGCUGUGUGUGGCAUCCAUCCUGAACCACUCUGCCCAUGCAGACCUCCAGAACCCAGGUCUGCAGAACCACGAGGAGAGACCAGCUACAGGCACAGGCAACCAAGCAGAAGAGGGAACACCUGACCAGAACAGCACCUUAGACCCAGCAAACACGCCCAUUCAAGAUGCUCUUGUUGCCAAUCUCUUCCAGCAUUGCCGGCUGGUGCAAAGGAUUCUGGAUGCUUGGGAGGAAAAUGAUAAAAUUCAGGCUGAAGGAGGAAGACGAAGGGGAAACAUGGGACACCUGACAAGAAUUGCAAACACUGUGGUUCAAAACCUGGAGAAAGGGCUGGCUCACUCUCAAAUGAAUGACCUAAUUAAAGAGCUGCCAGAAGACUGCAGAGGCCGCUGGGAGAGUUUUGUGGGUGACACUCUGAGAGAGACCAACAGGAGAAACACAGUGGAUUUGGUGAGCACCCAUAACUUACACUCAUCUAGUGAAGAUGAUGACAUGGAGAGCCCUUUCCCCAAUGAUCUGUCCAUCCAACAGGCGUUCUCUGAUUACCAGAUUCAGCAGAUGACCGCCAACUUUGUGGAUCAGUUUGGUUUUAAUGAUGAGGAGUUCAGUGAACAUGAUGAAAAUAUCAAUGCUGCGUUCGAUCGAAUUGCGGAAAUUAACUUCAAUAUAGAUGCAGAUGAUCAUAGUGCCAAUUCUGCAGCUUUUGAGGCAUGUUGUAAAGAAAGAAUCCAGCAGUUCGAUGACUGUGAGGAAGAGGAGGAUAUUUGGGAUGAAAAAGAAAUAAACUAUGCAACACAAAUCAAAUCCAGAUCGAGGUUCGGGGUGUCUCUUUCUUCAGAUAGUUCACCCAAGAGUGCAGUGAGGAAUGGGGGUGGAGGCCGCGGGUCGGCCUCUGAGGAAGAGGAUGUUGAGGAAGAGGCCAGUCCUCCGCAUUCUGCAGUGGCUCAGACUCAAAAUUCAAGCUGGACGGCGAGUUUUGGUGAGACGGAGGUGAGCUCCUCUAGCUCCUGGGGUGGCCCCCCUCAGCAGGGAGGCGAGGGUCCGCAAGACACAAGCUGGACCUCCUUCACUGAGUUCCAGCCUUUCAGCAGCACAGAGUCCAGCCAGACUGAGGGACAUCCUCAACAAGGCCAAGAGAAGAACUCGGCUGGCAGUGUUUCGGCUACAGGAGCGUGGGAAGGAAGUCCUGGGCCAAAAGCCCCUCUGGUGGCCUCAGACAACAGCUCGUCUGGAGGCUCAGACAGUGAAGAGGACCCUAGAGAAAAUAAGACAGAGAGUUCCCCUAAAACACCUGCCAACCAGACAACAGCACCCUCGAGCGAGGUGCCUACUGAAGCUCUGGAGAAGCUCAGCAUCACAGACAAUAGUGAGUCUUCAGCGUCUACAGAAGAGUCAGAUGCUACCACUGUGAUGGAGACAAGAGUCGAGGCGCCUUCUUCAGCUGAGAUCACGCCUAACGGACCGGUCUGAAGCCUCUGGAUAGGAGUCC